CUCUCCUGACGCAGGUGUCCCAGGUGAGGUGUGUAGUGACUUGUUUUUCGUCUCCACACAUACAACAAGGUAACAACUGAACCUGCGCAGGCCAGAGGACGCGAAUCAUGGCGGUAAAGAUAAAAGUUGAGUACUGCGGCGGAUGAGGCUACGCGCCCCGCUUCCAGGAACUUAAGCAAAACAUCGGCGCCAAGUUUCCUGAUGCGGAGGUGUCUGGCUUCGUGGGCAGAAGAGGGAGUUUUGAGGUGGUGAUCAAUGAACAUCUUGUCUUCUCCAAGUUGGAAACAGGUGGUUUCCCCUACGAUGAGGAUAUCAUGGAGGCCAUCCAUAAAGCUAAGGAUGGCAAGCCUGAGAAGAUCGCCAGAUAUCGUAAAGAUUGCAUCAUUCUCUAGCACCUUGACCUCAGAUCGUAAUAACCAUCUUAGCUCAGAUAAGGUCACAUGCUCUGGUCAAGCUCUGAGCGAUGUCUGAUUUGUUUUGAAGCUCUUCUUCUGUCCUCUUUAUCAUUCUACUUUAUACAGAGUUUGUUGGACGUAAAUGAUUGCCAUAGCUCAAAGUUCAAACGUUAUGGUAUGAGACUUAAGUCUGAAAAAUUCUGAACCUGAAGCAGAGUAAUAAAGAAGACAGUAAAGAGAACAGUUAAUUCAAUAACUUUAAUAGAAUGUUGAAAGUUGUUAAAAUAAUAUUAUUUAAAAACAAUAUCAGUAAUAUUAUUUUAUUAAAAUUAAUCCUAGGUAAAGUUUUGAAGACUAACUAAUCACUUAAUUAAUUCGUUGAAAUUAUACUAGAACUCUCUAUUUUUUAUUUAAUAAAUUUAAUUGGUUAAUGUUAUUUUAGAUGCCCUUAAAACAAUUAUUCCUGUGAGCUCUAUAAAAAAUAAAUGUAACGCAUUUCUGAAAAGGUGUUUUUUUGGGGGUUAUUUAGAGUUCAGUAUUGUUUCUUUCAUACCAUAAAUGUAACCCUUAAAUUAAAAUAAAUACCAAAAUGUCUUCAUGCAUCAUUGUAAAUGUACUCAAAACUUUUACCACAAAAUUGUAUAAAGUAUUGUUAUUUUAGGGUGUGUUAUAAGUAGUGCAGAAAUACAUUAGUUUUAUUGAUGAGCUUUCAGAUUGUAAACCAUAUUCACCACCAGAGAGCACUUUGAACACUAUUACUUAGGAACACUUUAUUACAGUCAUACAAUAAAAUAAUUGAGUAAAAGUACUCUGUUUCAAUCCUCACCUCUUAAAUAUAAA